AUGAUAUACCCAAACGAUGUUAUGAAUGAGGUACUAAGAGAUGAAAUUGGUUGUAAUUUAUUUAAAAAUUAUCUCAGAACCAUAUAUUGCUCUGAAACCUUACAAUUUUGGAUGGAAAUAGAGAUGUUUAAGCAAGUUGCCCCACCAGCCCAAAAUUCUCAAGGUUCCACAGGACCAUUGGUUGCAUUCUCAUCUGCUCCAAUCGAUCAAUCAUCAUCCUCAUCAAAUAUUUCCUCAACCACUACCACCAAUAAUAAUAAUAAUAAUAAUAAUAAUAAUAAUACCAUGUCAUCAGCUGAUUUGUCGUCGUCUCCCCCAUCACCAACUAAUAAUGGCGCCACCACCAACAAGAAGAACAAAAGUCGUAGAAAUAGUAGCGAUCGUAAAUAUUUACCACAAGACGAUCUUAGACAAAAGGCACAAGCAAUUUUCGAUCAUUACCUCGAGAAUGGAAGCGAGUUUGAACUCAAUAUCGAUGCUAUUAGUCGUGAACAUGUUCGUCUCCGUCUUUCCGAAGAGAUCGAUGCCAACAUCUUUGACGAUGUCCAAAAAGUUGUAUAUGAAUCAUUAUGGAUGGAUUGUUUCCCUCCUUUCACCCACACUGCCGCCUACCACAAAUAUAAACAAGAGACUGGAAAGUGUCACCUCCCAGAGUUCUUACGCAUAUCUUUUAAGAGAAAAUCACCAAAGAAUCAAGUUAACUUUGAACUUAAAGAAAUGAGAUAA